UGUCUUGCUUGUCCCUUUGUUCGUAGAAGGUUUCUUCCUCUCUGGGUUACAAUACAACUCACUCGCAAAUGUCACAGCUUCACCUUCACCGUCUCUCUCUCCCACAGUCUUCCACUCGCUUCACAACACCGCCUUUGCCUUCCUCACAUCUCCGCCGUGCAGCUCCGUCGCCGACACCACUCACCACCAAAAGCUUCCCACUUUCCUCAACUUCCGAGCUCAAUUCAUCAAAAGCCACAACCUUUCGCCCACCCAUCGUCUCAAAAUCUCCUAUCACUUGCAGGUUCAGCCAAUCCGACAUAACGCCACAACUUGAGCUUAGUAAAGGAGGAGAUCAAAGGAAGCCACAGAAGCGAGCCAAUGGCAUAUUCUGGAUCAUACUUAUUAAUCUUGGCGUUUAUGUGGCAGAUCACUUCUUUCAGGUUCGCAGCAUCAAAUCUCUCUAUCUGUACCAUAAUUUUCCAGCGUGGUACCAGUUUGUGACUGCAACGUUCUGCCAUGCUAGCUGGAACCAUCUCUCCAGCAAUCUUUUUUUCCUCUACAUCUUUGGAAAGCUUGUUGAAGAAGAAGAAGGGAACUUCGGUUUGUGGCUGUCGUACUUGUUCACUGGUGUUGGAGCUAACCUGGUUUCUUGGUUAGUUUUGCCGAGAAAUGCUGUUUCUGUUGGAGCCUCUGGAGCUGUUUUUGGUUUGUUUGCUAUUAGCGUCCUCGUCAAGAUGUCUUGGGAUUGGAGGAAGAUCCUUGAAGUUCUUAUACUGGGUCAGUUCGUUAUUGAGAGGGUGAUGGAAGCAGCUCAGGCUUCAGCUGGAUUAUCAGGAACUAUAUAUGGUGGCUAUUCUUUGCAGACUGUUAAUCACAUUGCACAUCUCUCUGGUGCCCUUGUUGGUGUUGUGUUGGUUUGGCUACUCAGCAAAUUUCCCUCGGAAACUGUGGAUCAAGAUGUUCAAAGGUCCCCCAAGAAGUGACUGCGAGAAUCAGUGUUAACAAUGUGGAUCAAGAGAGGUUCUGUUAGUACCAAUUCUUUUGCAGCAGAGUUAUACAACUGAAGGUUUUGCUCUAAAUGUGUGGUCUGUAGCUAUUGGAAACGGACACUGCAAAAUAGAUUUUAUAUGAUUAUUCUGUUGUAAUGUCAAGCUGACCAAACCCUAUUCAUGAAAAAUCAAUAUGUAGAGUUAAAUUACCUCAACGAAGCCUUUGAUUAAGGAAUUGAAUGAAGACCAAA